CUCAGCCCCCCCGCCCGUGAUGAAUUGCUGGGAUGCUGUGGCCCGAGCUCGGCCCUUGCUGGACAUGUCCGGAGAGGAGGAGAUGUUGGGCCCCUGGAGCCGCGAGCACCGUCCUGGCUGGAGGCCCCCGGCUCUGGUGAAGCCCGGCAUGCGGUUCGAGACGUGCAGGAGGCGCAGUUUCUGUGUGCGGCCCCCGGGGGCCGUGUGUCCGUGGGAGCUGGCCCGGGCCGGGUUCUAUUACCUGGGCCCCGGGGACCGGGUGCAAUGUUUCUGCUGCGGCCUGGUGCUGCGGAGCUGGGAGCCCGGGGACCGACCCUCCGCGGAGCACGGCCGCUUCUCCCCCCGCUGCCCCUUCCUGCUGGGCCGGCCGGUGGGCAACGUGCUGGCCGGGCUCGGGGACUCGGUGGACGGACAGAUCCUGCGGCUCCCGGGGGCCCCGGAGGAAGAGGGCGGCCAGGCCGUGUACACCGACAUGAUGGAGGAGAGGGACCGGCUGGACACCUACCGGGACUGGCCUCCCUAUGCCGAGGUGGCCCCCCACGUGCUGGCCCGGGCUGGCUUCUUCUACACAGGUCACAGAGAUAAUGUGAAGUGUUUUCACUGCGAUGGGGGUUUGAGGAACUGGGAGAGAGGGGACGACCCCUGGAGAGAGCACGCCAAGUGGUUUCCAAGGUGUGAAUUCCUAGUGCGUUCCAUGGGACAGACGUACGUUCAGAAUAUACAGGAAUCUUUUUUCAAUAGUCCAGAUGUCUCUCCUGAACAUCCUCGCAUAUCUGUCAGUCCUGCUUCCAUGACCGAUGCUCCUGGUGACUGUCACUCUGCCCUUCAGUCCUCUUUAGUACAAGGGGCCCUACACAUGGGCUUUGCUGAGGACCUGGUGCUAACUCUGGUACAGAGUAGGCAGCUGUUGACCGGGACCUCGUACACGUCUCUGUCUGACCUUGUGACUGACCUAGUAGGGGCGGAAGAGGAGAGAAUUUCGCAGAGAGGAGCAGAGCCAGCAAGAUUCCCAGAGGCUCCGAUCCAGACUGAAGGCUCUGAAUCCCAGCAUCAGAAGAACACAGAUCCCCCAAUCAGUACAGAAGAGGAGCUACGACGUCUAAAGGAAGAGCGUGUGUGCAAAGUGUGCUUGGACAAAGACGUGUCUAUGGUGUUUGUGCCAUGUGGACACCUGGUGGUCUGCACAGACUGUGCCCCUAACCUUAGGACUUGCCCGAUCUGCAGGGCUGUAAUUCGAGGCAAUGUGAGGGCCUUCAUGUCUUGACCCCCUUGGCUGGCAAGCCAGAUAAUGCCACUGACUCAUGGCUGGUGGGAGAGCUUAGCUUUUGGAUUAAAGUGUUCAGUCUCAAACUGGCAGGAAAUAUUGGGGAUUGCAGAACCAUGGCUUGAUAUGCCAGUCUAUAUCCUUGCUGUUGGUUUUAGACCAACCGUCUCUAAACCGCUACAUCCUGACAUGUAGAGGAGGAUGCUCACUCAGAUUUUUACUUCUAUGUCCAACCUACAGCCCUGGUUCCUGGGGGAGAUUUCUACAUCACGGAUUACUGGUGGUGGAGAUUCCUACAGAACUGAUUCAUAAGGAAGCAGGCUAUUCCUACCAUUCUUAUUCCUGGUGCAGGGAAUUCAUAUUGUCCUGAUUCCUGGUGUAGGGGGUGCAGGGAAUUCAUACUGUCCUGGUGUAGGAGGUGCAGGGAAAGGACCUGGGGUGUAAAGACUGAGCUAUCAUACUUGCCAUCCAUCCAUUCAGUGGAGUUUUGAUUAAUAUUUCAAUUAAAUAUAAAUUAUUAAUUUAUUUGCUAGAAUAAAGUUUAUAAACAAUUA